UUUCUUCAUAGGGCCAGGUAGGUUUCAUGGCUUUUUUUACCUUUAAUAAAUGAAAACAUAUUUAAAAAUUCAGCUUUAUCUACUUAGAUUAUCUUUGUCUAAUAUUAACAUUUCCUGGAUGAUCUGAAAUAUUUAAGUUUGACAUAUAAGCAAAAAUAGAAAUAGGGAAGGAAGCAAACACAUUAAAAGGCGCCUCUUGUUUUCCCUCCAAAUACUUUUUUGCUGUGUCAUUUUGUGACUUCCGUUGAGGAGGGGGCUGUUCAGCAGCGACAUGGGAGGAGCCUGUCAUCUCAGACAGCAGGAGUGAUUUUGCAACCUGUUGCAGAGCUCAGAUUGCAUGUGGACUGAGGAACAACGUGACCUGAUUCUUCUGCAGGCCUGCAACACAGAGAGAGCCACUUCAGCUAAUGUCAUCUAACUAAAAUUAACUGUCUGUGCUGUCAUGGCUGAGAGGGCCGCUCAGGCUGAUCAUGAAGAAGAAGAUAAAGACGUGAGAACCCCACAUGAAGACCAGGAUGAGCAGCAUCAAGCACAGCCUGAAGAGGAGUCUGAAUGUCCUGGCUGUCAGUCUGUGGGUAUUCUGACCCUGCCCUGUGGACACAAACUCUGCCACUCAUGUAUCCAGGUGAGCCGGGAGGAGCUGGGCCAAAGUGGCUGCACCAUCUGCUACGGAUCUCAGCUGAUGGACUCGGUUCUGCACUCUCUCCUGGAGACCCUGUUCCAUGGGCAGCCCAGGAGACGCGGGGUCACGCCUGGAGCUGCAGAGGACGGUGUGAUGGGGGCAGAAGAUGGAGGGAAAGGCUGGGCUGCAGAAGGAGAGGAGAUGUGUGGGAAGCAUGGGGAAAUGUUCAGCAUGUUCUGUCUGGAGGAAGAGGAGCUGAUCUGCCCGCAGUGUGAGACGGACGAGCAUGAAGACCACCAGAGCUGCUCCAUACAGGGCGCCAUCCUCGACUGUAAGAGAGAGCUGAGAUCUUCCAUCAGAAACCUGCAGGAGCAGUUAGAGAGUUUAAGCUCCAUCAGACAAACCUGGGAGGAAACUUCAGCUCACAUCAAGAGUCAGUCUGUCCAAGCCACUCAGUUCUUGAGGGAGGAGUUUGAGAAGAUGCAUCAGUUCCUCAGUGAAGAGGAGGCCGCUCUGAUGUCCCAGCUCAAACAGGAAGAGGAGGAGAAGAGUCAGAGGAUGAAGGAAAAGAUCGACAGGAUCAGUGACGACAUUAGAGUGCUCAAAAGCAGUAUCAGAGAGACGGAAGAGACCAUGGGCUUGGAGGAUCUCGCCUUUCUGAAGAACUACAAGAAGACCUACACAAGAGCUCAGCACAAAGUGGAGGAACCUGAAGAAGAAUCCGGUGUGCUGCUUGAUGUGGCCAAGCAUCAGAGCUGUGUUCAGUACCAAGUCUGGGAAAAGAUGCAGAAGAUCAUCCAGUUCUUUCCAGUGACAGUGGAUCCAAACACCGGCUCUGUGUGUCUAGGAGUGUCUCCAGACCUGUCCAGUGUUUUUGUGUGUGAGAAGCAGCCUCUUCCAGAAAACCCAGAGAGGUUUGUGAGUCCUCAGAGCAUCCUGGGCUACGAUGACUUCACCUCCGGGCGGCACAGCUGGGAGGUGGAGGUGGGAGACAACAGUCACUGGUCUCUGGGUGUAGCUAGUGAGACGGUGCGCAGAAAGGACUGGUCUGACUCGGAUCUAAACCUCAGUCCGGCUGCAGACUCGGACACAGACCCCGGGGGAGGCGUAUGGAUUGUGUCUCUCUCCUCCGGAGAGUACAGGGCCUCUCCCGGCAACAGCGCCCCCCUCAGACUGAGAAGAAAGCCGCGUAGAGUGAAGAUCCAGCUGGACUGGGAGAGAGGGUGCCUCACUUUCUCUGAUGGCAGCGAUAACACCCUGAUUCAUCGAUUUAAACAGCAGUGGAGCGGCACGCUGAACGCUUACUUCUCUACAACGUGCUCCAAACACCCUCUGAAGAUCACAGCAGGGAAAGUCACCAUUAAUGUCGACUAACAUCACACUGUCCUACCGUCAAUAAAUGAUGCAACAGGAGAACAAUUCUGACAUUUUCUUUAGUUCUCUGCAGUGUAAGACACCACUGGUCUGAUUCACACAGACUGCACUUUAGCACAAACAGCAUCUCUGUGUCAGGGCUGUUUGUGAGAACUUACACCAGCCAUCACUGAUUUCAGGAAAAAUGGGCCCUUUUUAUACAACCUGUCUAAAUGCAAUGUGGACUUUUCAACAGAAGAGAACAGACACCACUCUGGCAGUAAGAGUGAAAAUGUGACUCAUACCGCUUUCCCACUAAAAUUAGCGUGUAAAAGUGGGUUUUUUAAACGCGGGUAAACCCGCUAGCAAGUGACUCCUUUCCCAUCGCCAGCAGACCCGGGUCUGAUCGCCAGCAGACAAGCUGCAAGGCUGUUUUUCUUUCCUCUGGUGUGUCAAGCUGAUGUCAUCACGUUGCUUUUCUAGCUCAGUCGUUCUAUAACAAAGGUAUCGUCUAAGAAUAAUUAAUGUUUUACUGACAUAUUCAGCUCCUAUAGCCUUGAAUUUCUCAUGGAUUAUCCAGUAAAGCGCAGCUCUUCGUACUUAUGAGUGCAGCCAAAAAAAGUAAAGGAGAACCUUUUCUAAACAAUGUUUCUAUUUCAGAUUUUCACAUCUAUCUGCUUCUUGGAAAUAUUAGGCAAACACCGAUCUUUUCAAUGAUUUAAAACAGAAACUUAAGCCUGCCAAACUCCUGUCUCCUGCGCUUCAUGUGAUAAACCAUGAGAAAUCCAAGGCUGUAGAAGCCUGACGAAAAAAUAAUAGCUUUCAGCCGAUAUCUUCAUUAUGACAUGAGUGAGUUAGAAAAGCGUAUUUGUGUUUAUAUGUGCCAUCAAACUGCGCUGCAGUGUUGGAAACCUCUGCCUUUACUCCUGUCUCCUCCAGCAGCGCAUCAGGCUUUAAUGUGCAGCUGACUGGCUGAAGUUUCUGUGUAAUAACAAACAAAAAAAGAGUAUCGAUGUGAUCAUUUCCAAGAGGGAAAUAAUGCAAUAAAUAAGUAAAUGAAAGGUUAAUAGAUUACAUCAUUUGAAAAGGAUCUCUCUUUCCAGCUGCGCACGGACAGGACGCACGGUGCUUUAUGAGAUAAUCCAUGAGAUUUUAACAGACUGAGUGAGCUAAAUCUGUCCUUGGGAAAAAAAAAGUAUAUAUAUUCUCAGCAGAUAUGUUCAUUAUGACAUGGGCAUUUUUGUGUUUAUAUUUGCCGUUAAACUGUGCUGCCAUGCUGUGAAACUUCUGCCUUUAAAUUCCUGUCUCCUCAGGCUUAAACACGCAGCUGACAGAAUAAAGUUUCUGUGCAACAACAACAAAAAGGAUCCAUGAGAUCACAGCAGGCAAGAAAUACAAAUGUAUUACUUGUAUUAAUAUAAACAUAGGCACCAAAGUCAUCCCGUGUUCACUCGGGAGUGACUUUUACUAACAUAAACCAUUCAUUCUCAACUCAGUUAGUGGGUCAUAAAGCCAUUUCACUGAGAAGGGUCUGGAAAAAAAACUCUAUUGUUCCAUCUUAAGUCCACACUGCCCACUUUAACACUAAAAAGCAGUUGUGAUUGAAAAAUAUAAGAAGUUUAUGUCUCUAUUUGUCCUUAAGGAGAUGGUGGUGGUUCCGGACACAAGACCAGCUAAGAACCACUGAUAUAAUCUUUAGACACGUGAUGACAGUGACAUCACUACAGUAAACAGUGGAAGAGUUGCUGCUGACAUUAGGCUACCAUGCAUUUAACACCGAAUUCCAAAUUAUUAUCCAAAAGAUCUUUUUCUCUGAUUUUCCUGAGUAGUCAGUGCAAAUGACAGUAUAAUUUACAAGUCAUCAACAUUUAGAGCAUAAUUCAAAUUUUCUUGAACAAACCUCCUUAUGAUAACUACUGACAAUGCACUGUUCCAAAUUAUUAUGCACAACAAAGUUUCAAAACAUUUUAUAGGUUGUAAAGAACUGAAAAUUGUCAUUUGUUGAAUUUGCAGCAUCAGGAGGUCAUA